AUGGACCCCCUGGUGGCCCAGUAUGAGGAGGCCGCGGCGGUCACCGGCUUCACGGCCCCCCAGGCGCAGCAGCUCGCGGUGCUGGAGGGCCAGCUGGCCUGGAUGGUCUACAUUGUGGGCAGCGUCCUCAAGGGCCGCCUCAGCAGCAGCAGCGCGGAGAGCCAGGAGUCUAUUGACGGCGACCUGGCGUCGCGCGUGUUCAAGCUGCUGGGCCUGAUGGACGCCGGCGGCCACGCGGGGCGCUACGGCGAGGCGACGCGGCAGCGGCUGGACAUCGCGGUGCUCAACUUCUUCCAGAGCUUCCGGAAGGUGUACAUCGGGGAGCAGGUCAUGCACAGCAGCUUUGUGUACAGCCGGUUGGGGGAGCGCACCGGCCUGGGGGACCACCUGGCGGUGCUGAGCCAGAUGCUGUCAAAGGUCGCCACCAACCUGCGCGCGUACGGGCGCAGCGAGCAGCUCGUGCACCUCACGCUGCAGCUGUUCCAGGACCUGGCGAGCGGCUACAUGAGCGGGAAGCUGCUGCUGAAGCUGGAGGUGGUGGGCCUCAUGCUGCAGCACCACACCUCCAGCGCGUUCCACUUCUUGGAUCACCCGGUCAACGGACGCAACAGGACCGUCUUCUACUCCACCCUGGCGCGGCUGCUGUUCAUGGAGGACACCCCCCACCGCUUCAAGACCUUUGUGGAGCCGCUCACGCAGGUCCUCAACGGAAUAGCAGCGGCGGCGGCAGCAAACCCGCAGACGUUGCAGCAGCAGGUGCCCCAGCAGCUGGUGGUGGGCGUGUUCAGGGACCUGCGGGGCAUCGCCGCAGCGACCUCGACACGCCGCACGUAUGGCCUGCUCUUCGACUGGCUCUACCCGCAGCACAUGCCGGCCAUACUCAAGUGCCUUGACGCGUGGGCGGGCUGCCCCGAGGUUACGGCGCCGCUGCUCAAGUUUGUGGCGGAGUUCUGCUUCAACAAGAGCCAGCGGCUCACCUUCGACAGCAGCUCGCCAAACGGCAUCCUGCUCUUCCGCGAGGUGUCAAAGGUCAUCGUUACCUACGGCAGCCACGUGCUGAGCCCACAGCAGCAACAGCAGCAGCAGCAGCAGCAGGCCGCAUCCGGCAACCAGGCCUACCCCCUGCGGUACAAGGGAAUCUGGAUCUGCCUGCAGGCGCGCAGGACGGGGGCAGGGAGGGGAGCGUAUGGGGUUGCAGGGUUGCAUCGGACUUUUGGCUCGCCGCGGGGGGCACGCUCAGUCGCACGCCGCCUGCCGCUUGCUGAGGCGGCGCUGUCGGCGGCCCUUGCGCUCGGGAGCCGCUCGUGUGCAAGCCAGCCGACGGCGAUCGGCCCCGGUCUAUCGCCGCAGCGAGCCCUGUCCCGCGCCAUGAGCGGCAACUACGUCAAUUUUGGCGUGUUUGAGCUGUACGGGGACACGGCACUGAGGGACGCCCUGGACGUGGCUCUGCGCAUGGUGGUGUCCAUACCGCAGGCUGACAUCAUGGGGUUCAAGAAGGUGUCCAAGGCGUACUUUGCGCUGCUGGAGGUGCUGUGCCACAGCCACACCGCCACCAUCGCCAACACGGACGCGGCCACAUUCAACUACAUCCUCACCAGCCUGGAGCAGGGCCUGAAGAGUGUGGACGUGAUCGUGUCCAGCGCCUGCGCCAGCGCGGUGGACAACCUGGCGGCCUUCUACUUCAGAAACGUGGUGCAGGGGCCAGAGUCCGGCAAGGCGGCGCCCGGGGCAGAGGCCAUCGAGGCUCACCUGCGGCAGCAGCCCCACCUGCUGCCAGAGGUGCUUCGGGCGCUGUUUGAGAUCAUCCUUUUUGAGGAGUGCAGCAACCAGUGGAGCCUCAGCAGGCCCAUGCUGAGCCUCAUCCUCGUCAACGAGGCCGUCUUCCCGGACUUGCAGCGGCAGGGGCGAGGUGUGUAG